AUGAUGAUUUUAUCAGCCUUACUCGUCGUCUUCGCUCUCACAACCCUUGCCAAAGCGACAUUCCCUGCAGUCUGUCCCGAUCCAGCAUUGUCAAGCUCCAAUUCGACGAAUGGCGUCUGCGCGCAAGACUUUGAAAUCAUCGGCGGUGCUCUCGAAGCCGUUCACGAAAGCCAAAAAGCACCGACAGGUCUGGCACUUGACUUGAAUGAGAACAUCUACCUCACUUACCCGCGCAACUUUGAGAACGCAACAAACACGGUGACCAUAGCUGCGAGUUUUGACGAAGAGGAGCCAUGGCCCUCUGCUGAGAUUCAGAAUUGUCAACCGAGCCAAAAUGCGUCGGAGUGUUUCAUCAACGUGCAGAACGUGGUGUUGGAUGCUCUAGGACAGCUCUGGGUGCUCGACAGCGGGAUUCCCUACAAAAAGACUGCGCCUGCAGUCACAGGGGGUGCGAAAAUAAUGAGUUUCGACUCCUCCACGAAGAAGCUGACCAGCACAUAUCUUUUCCCGGAUGACAUCUUGGCGAGUGGAACAAACCUCAACGACUUGCGGAUCAACAAUACAGCUGGGACAGGAGGUUUUGCGUUUCUUACGGAUGCUUCGGUGAAAGGUGGGCUCCUGGCCGUCGACCUUGCCACGGGCAGCGUUGUGAAGAGACGUGCUGGGCAGUCUUCUGUGAUGGCUGACCCCGGAUACGUCGGUUCAUACAAUGGGGAGCCAAUCUACUGCUGGAACGGAACGGCCAAGUCAUUUUGCACCACAUCAUCAGAUGGCAUAGCCCUCCAGAAUGGCCAAGUUUACUGGGGUGUCCUUUCUUCCCGAAGGUUCUACUAUAUCUCCCAGGAGAUCCUGCAGAAUUUCAACGCCACGGAUGCCGAGGUACUCGCCGCGGUUCAGGACCCAGGCCAGCUCGGCUCGGAACAAGCUGGGUUCACGGCGGAUGACCAGGGCCGAGUCUUCCUGUUAGCCAGCGAGCAGAAUGCGAUCUACUACGUGCAGACGGAACAAUCCAGGAUCACGGAGGAGGUAAACGGUGUGCCUGCUGGUGGCUCGGGUCUCGUUGCAGCAGAAAACUACUACGUCAAGACGCUGGUGAGAAACGGGCUAAUCCAGCACGCGGACAGUGCCGCGAUUUUGCAAGGUUAUCUGUACUUUUGCACAAAUCAACUGGAAUUGGGUCCGUCGAGGCAGUACAACAAUACGGACAACAGGAAGGGUCCUUUCAGAUCGUACAGGCUGUUCAUUAAUGCUGUGGCCGACUUCAUGACGAUGAUAGGACUUCAAAUCACCAGUUGCGAGGAUUUGUUUCCCCCAUGCCUGGAGGUCAAACAUCUCAAUCAAGCAGCCCGAAUACUGGAUCAUCUGUGCGACAUCGAUGAGGAGAAACCUCACGGCAAGAGUUUCGCGUACCUUGCAUGCGAUGUGCGGUCCAGCAACCCCGCUGCCGUGCUGUGCCUGCAGGACUGCGGGACUGCGGGAUUGGAUCUCUUGCCCGGCCAAACAGCAGCCAGCAGGUCUACUUCAUCAUUUCGACCGUUUCGCACAUCAGAGCAGUGGUAUCAUUCCGCACCACUGAGAGCCACCGCCCGCGAAGAGUUGUCGAGGCUUCAGCGAGGCUCCACAAAGCUUGAUCUCGGCCCGAACAAUUCUGGAGUGCAGCAGAAAAGUCUGCCGGUAUCGUCCGUUAUCUUCACCCCUUUUGAUGGCCACACCGCUCUCGUUUUGUCAUCGUCUGCCAUCGGCCAGUGCCGUCCUUGGCAGCCAUCAGGUCUCGACUUGAGCUGGAACACCAAUUCAACGACAGUCCAGUGCCACCCCACGGGCAGCAAUUUGGACUACUUGGACGCCACAGAUGAUCGGCAAAGACACCCUCAGGCCGCGAGGCCUAUUUCAGCGUUUUGA